AGAGGAGGAUCCCCCUGCGCACCCACAACGGAGGAGACGCCGAGCGAUAAGAACAUAUACAAAUAAUCAACGUUGAGCUUUUUAUCUGCCAUCAUGUCAGCUGGAGGAGAUUUGGGGAACCCCCUGAGGAAAUUUAAACUUGUAUUUUUGGGAGAGCAGAGCGUGGGGAAAACAUCUCUCAUCACUAGAUUCAUGUAUGACAGUUUCGACAACACGUAUCAGGCAACCAUUGGAAUAGACUUCCUAUCAAAGACAAUGUACCUGGAAGACCGAACAAUGUGAACUCGUUCCAGCAGACCUGCAAAUGGAUUGAUGAUGUCAGGACAGAGAGAGGAAGUGAUGUCAUCAUCAUGCUAGUUGGCAACAAAACAGAUCUGGAGGAGAAGAGGCAAAUCAUGAUCGAGGAAGGAGAGCAGAGAGCCAAAGAGCUGAACGUCAUGUUCAUCGAGACCAGUGCCAAGACAGGCUGCAAUGUCAAACAGCUGUUUCGUCGGGUUGCAGCAGCCCUACCUGGAAUGGAAAGCUUGGACGACGCAAAUCCUGAAGGCAUGAUUGACAUCAAGCUGGACAAACCGGCAGAGCCUACUGUUCCCGAGGGCGGGUGCUCAUGUUAAUGCAGAGCUGAGAUCGGACAGCUCCCUUCACACCAUAGGCUUGUUGUGUUGCUUACUACUGGUUAGCUUCCAGUUGACUUCUCUAAUUGGAUAUAGGAUGCGGGCCUUGUAUCUGAUUGGACAAAUCAAAUGUUAUCUUUCAGUCUUGUUCAGUUGUAAAAUAUUGUAUACUUUGUCAAUAUGUAAGUGACUGGAGGAGAAAAGGGAAAAAACAACAAAAACAAAAUGUUGAAAUGAAAACGAACAAAAAACACAACAACUCAGUUUUGGAAAAAUGAAAAAGGAGAAAAACGGGACAACCAACGGAAUUCUUUUCGCUGUUAUGUUUUGUAUUUUUUAUAUAUAAAAAGGGAAAGCACCAAAAAUGAUGCCUAAACAUAGAAGGAGAAAUAAUGGGGGGGUCGGCCAUUUUUCUAGAUGGCCGAACACGUCUGAAUGUCUGCAGCACGCAUGCACGCUGAUCUGAUCUUUGACCUUUGACCUUUGGCCUGCCCUCCAGGGUCUCCACACUCUGGAAGGAGGUUGACUAUCUUAGAAUGUUUUAUAGCAUCUCUCUAUAGCAUCUCAUGACAAAAAUGUAUCUCAUUUGAUAUUCCCACAAGAGUCAACUUCCAGUAGGUUCACCUAACAGUAGCUGUGAAAAUGUGGCACUCUAUCUCUCUAUGGGUUUAACUUUUAUAGAACAAACUGUACUGUGGUUAAAAAAAAAAAAAGAAGUAAUAAAAAGACAACUUACUAUCACAACUCCCCCGUCCCUCCAACCGCUCCCGCUCCUUUUCCUCUUUUCCUCUAACCCUUCGUUCCUCUCCCGUCUCCCCAUCCCUCCAUCCCGGUAAUACACAUAUAACGAUCCACUGUAAUGCACUGCACUGUAUAUAAUAAUGUAAUAUGUAUGUUGUGAACGUCCCUCUGUAGAAGUGGUCCUUGUUCACCAGUAUGAAUAAUGUAAUAAUGUUUAAUGAUUAAUAAAUUACAGAUUAAAGGGCUUCA